AUGAAGACCAACUGUUCAAGAGUUAUUUCCAUUGUUCGUGGAUACUCUGCUAAAGCUGGUAAAACUAAAACUCCAGCAAGCACACCACUUUUUCUUAAUCCUCAUGCGUGGAAGGGAUUACCAGCUGACCAAGUUUUUGAAUUGCAUCAAAUUAGAAAGGAAUAUAUGGGAGAUGCCUAUAAUCCUACCGAUGAUGAAAGAACUGCCAUUUUAUCAACAAUUUCAUCAUUAUCUAAAGAUAAACCACCAUUAGACUAUGCAUUUGAAAUUGAAAACUUCAAGGAAAGAUUAAUGAACAAUACUCCAAUGCAAGAAAGAGGUAAACCUCAAAAAUUGAGUGCUCAGUUUGUUAUUAAUUCUGGUGAAGUUCCUCAUCAAAGAAGAAGAAUUGAAAACUUAACCAGAACUGCUGCUUAUGAAAUUCCUUUGUUAGCCAAAUAUCGUCAACCAUAUACACCAAGACCAAGAACUGAAGCACCACUUAAAUUGACUUAUAACUCCGAUUUUUCCAAUGAUACUUCAAAUCCAAAUAACAGAAAAGUCACUUUGACAGUUGCUUUAAAAGAUUUACAAUUGGAUGCUAAACAAGAACACAAGUUUAAGAUCUUGGCAGCUGAUAAGUUCAAUUAUAAGACAAACACAUUUAGAUUAAAGGGUGAAAGAUACCCUGAAGCAGCUCAAAAUGUCAACUGGUUAGUUGAAACUUUUUCAAAAUUACUUACUGAAGCUAAAGAUUUAUCAAAAGAAGAUUUCAGUGAUAUUCCUUUAUCUAAAUCCCAUAUGAAGAGACUCUCUAACAAAUCAACACCACAAUUCCCAGACCAUUGGAAACGACCAGAAGAUGCUCCAACCAAAAGACAUGAGAUUGUAAAGAAAUUAGUUUCAGACACUGAGGCUUUCAAAGAUGCAACAUACCUCAAAGAAAUCACUCCAUGA